AUGGGGUCUAAAUCAAAAACUGGAUUAUUUGCUAUGAGCUUUUUUAUUUUUGCAUCUUUAUUUAUAACGGUGGCUUUUGUUAGUCCUUACUGGUUGGUAACUGAUGGAAAGUUAAAAGAUCCAAAAUUCUUGAGAAUAGGUUUAUGGGAAGUAUGCUUUAAUGGUUUUCAAGAUGUCCAUCAUUGGUAUGAUACUAUAUUCACAGGAUGUUGGUGGAUUUUCGAAGAAGAAUACUAUAUAAUACAUGAUAUCUUACUCCCAGGAUUUUUUAUUGCUACUCAAUUCUUUUUUACAAUCUCCAUGUGUUGUGUCUUAAUAUCAAUAUUCCUGACUUAUUUAUAUUUGAAUAAAGAUGAAGAUGAUGAUAAUUAUGUUACACUAUUAGUAACUUUUGGCACAAUUCUUGUUAUAGGAGGUUUCUCUGGAAUUAUAUCUGUAGCAAUAUUUGGAGCUAGAGGUGAUGGCCGUGACUGGAUGCGUAACUGGGAACACAAUGACCUUGGUUGGGCUUUUGCUUUUGGUGUUAUUGGUGUCAUAUUCCUAUUUCCAGCUGGUAUAUUGUUUCUAAUUGAAGCUAGAGUUCGAAAGUACAAGAGAUUACAUGAGAUGCAAAGUAGAGAACCCUCAUCAUAUAGCAUGCGUGACAGGAAAAUGGCCUAUCCUGGGCACACUGACAUA